UAGGCGGCAGCAAUGCUCCGUUGAGAGACGCGGCUUUCGGCAAGAACUGGACUCCUGGCGUCACAAGCUCAUUCACUGUGUCCCGUUUCCCUCUGUGCGGCGGCCGGCGGGACCAUAAGGGCUUAACUCAUAUAUUUAACCCCCCUCCAAAAAGGUUUGAAAGUAUUCUUGAAGGGCUGUUUGGACCUGCAUUAUUAAAAGAUCUCAGUUUAUUUAAAGACUGUGAACCUGAAAGCAUUUCCGAUUGGACUUUUGAUGAAAAUUGUCUGUUCUGUUGCUUGAGAAGAGAUAAAGUAAAGGGACACUUAGUCGGUCUGGAUGAACCAGCUUCGGGAGCUGGGCAAGAAGCUCUGCUUAAACGAGAGCAAGCAAAAAUCAUUCGAUUCGAGAGACAAGCAGAAGAGUUCCUCAAUGCAGUCUUUUGUAGAAAAGACAGUCCCUGGGUCUCCGACCCCAAUAUUCCCCUAGUGGCCCGUGAGAUCAUGCAGCGAAUGAUCCAACAAUUUGCUGCUGAAUAUACCUCAAAAAAUAGCUCUACUCAGGACCCCAGCCAGCCCAAUAGCACAAAGAACCAAAGCCUGCUGAAAGCAUCUCCAGUCACCACCUCUCCCACGGCUGCAACUACUCAGAACCCUGUGCUCAGCAAACUUCUCAUGGCUGACCAAGACUCACCUCUGGACCUUACUGUCAGAAAGUCUCAGUCAGAACCUAGCGAACAAGACGGUGUACUUGAUCUAUCCACUAAGAAAAGUCCAUGUGCUGGCAGCACUUCCCUGAGCCAUUCUCCAGGUUGCUCCAGUACUCAAGGGAACGGUGAGAACUCAGCAGAGGCAAUAGCAGUAGAUUCUAACAAUCAGUCGAAGUCCCCACUGGAGAAGUUUAUGGUCAAACUGUGCACUCAUCAUCAGAAGCAGUUCAUUCGUGUUCUGAACGAUCUGUACACUGAAUCUCAGCCAGGCACCGAGAACCUGCGACCUUCGGAUUCUGGAACAAUGGAUGCCUCCACCUGCAAUGCUGGCUGUGCCCAGCUCGGCACCAAACAUAAGGAAAAGGAUGCUAUGUGUCUCAACAUGAAGUCUUCUACUUCUGUAGAGUUGUUCGUAGACUCAUCAGGCUCUCACAGCCCUCAACACUUGACAGAACAGGCCCUAAAGGAGCCUCCUCCCGACACAAACUCUGUAGAUGGAAGAGAGAAUACUUUGACUGUUGUCCAAAAAGAUUCCUCUGAACUUCCAACCACUAAACCGAAUUCAAUGGAUAGUUCCACUCUGGGAUACCUCACUACAUCUAAUUCUUCCUCAGUAAACUUCCACCACAUCUCUAAGAGCUUGGAGGGGCAAACCACUGGACAGGAGCAAGACACAGAUGUGAAAAUAUGCAAGGAUGGUAAAGACCACGUGCAGAGUUCAGCUUUAGUGGAAAAUCUCAUUGCAGUAAAAGUGGCGACUGAGAAUAGUGAGGAGAGCAACAGCUGUAUUGUUUCUCAAAGAAAUUCAUUCAGAGCUUUAUCAGAAGAGGCUUGGGACUCAGGGUUUAUGGGGAAUUCACCUAGAACUGCUGACAAAGAGAAUGCUUUACAGUGUAGCUCAAAAACACCUUUACGCCAGGACUUAGAGGCAAGUGAACAAGAUUCAAGGCCAAAGCAAGAGAACCACCUUCACUCGUUAGGAAGAAAUAAAAUGGGUUACCAUUUACAGCCCAGUGAUAAGAGCCCGUUUGAUCAUUCCAAAGACGGUUGGUUAGCCCCCAGCCCCAUGCCACCUGUACACAAAGCGUCUAAUGGACAUUCACGAACCAGGAUGCUUUCCACCUCCAUUAAGACAGCGCGGAAAAGUAAAAGGGCGUCAGGGUUGAGGAUAAACGAUUAUGAUAACCAAUGUGAUGUCGUUUAUAUCAGCCAGCCGAUCACAGAAUGCCACUUUGAGAAUCAACGAUCGGUGUUAUCUUCUCGGAAAACAGCCAGGAAGAGCACUCGAGGAUACUUUUUCAAUGGUGAUUGUUGUGAGCUGCCAACUGUUCGCACACUGGCCAGGAAUGUACACUCCCAAGAAAAAGCCAGCUGCUCGACACUGGCCUCAGAGGCCGUGGUGACUCCCAAGCAGACCCUUAUCAUUUCAUCACCUCAGCCUACAGUAGCUGUGCAGCAUCCCAGAGAAGACAGCCCUGAAGAACCCAGUAAAGAAAUAACCUCCCUCAAGGAAGGAGACAGAGAUGCAUCAUCUGAAAAGGAAUCUCAAGAGCCGGAGGUUUUCCCUGUGACAAAUAACGCAAACCCAAGCAGCUCCUCUAGAUCAAAGGAGACAGCAGCCUCCAGCCCAGUGUGGCCUCUCCCUGCUCACCUUCCUGAAGAGGAUCUUCCAGAAGGCAGCUCCGCGGUCUCAGCUCCCACAGGAAGUGGGAUAUCUUCCCCUGAACGAGACCAGCCGCCAGUUGAACUGCUAGAUACAAAGGAGAUGAGUGUACCCCAAGACUGUCCCUUGCUUCCCUCCACAGAGAGCCUUUCUGAGGGAGGCAGUGAAGAUGUUGUUCCUAGGCCUUGUUCCCCUCCUGAAACAGUAAGUAGAGAGGAAAGUCCUCUGUGCUCAGAAAAUCAAAGUCCCCCAGUGGGCUUGGAGCCUCCCACGAGUCUGGGAAAGGCUGAGGAAGACCAAAGCAUCGGUACUGAGGCUGAGACCGAAGACACUCAGGAGUUAGAUACUGACCCACUCUUGAAGGAAAGCAGCACUUUGACUAAUGAAAACCCCAGUGAAAUUGAGGAAGGUGAGGCACCAGGUGGGACAGGAAAAUUCGAGGGAGAGGAUGGUGAUGUAAAACAUCCUACAGAAAAAGAAAUGUGUGAUCAAAACAUUGACUCACCUGAAGAGAAUCUGGACAAGAAGAAAAAAGGUAAAAAAUUCCCCGAGGCCUCUGAUAGGUGCCUAAGAAGUCAACUUUCAGAUCCUUCCUCUGCCGAUAGGUGCCUAAGAAAUCAAAGUUCAGAUUCUUCCUCUGCUUGUGCUGAGAUCAAGGUUUCUAAAAAUCCUGGUGCAAAACGUUCUAAAAAAGAAGGGUAUCCUGGUGGGGCAGCACCUGAGAGCUUCCUGACUGAAGGUUUCCAUACAAAAGCUCUGGGGGACACUGAAAACCCAAAUGUCAAUGAAAACCCCUCUGGGAAAGAUGCUGAGCAGGAGGGCGAAGGAGGUGGGAUGAUCACCAGGCAGGCUUUUAAAAACAUGCUAGCAAAAGAAGUCAAGGGGGAAGAAGAAGGUGUUUUCCCCAGCAGUGACCCCUUAGCCACAGUUGGCCAGCCCCUGCCUGGAGAGAAACUGGAAAUCUAUGUUCAGUCUAAAUUAGGUGAGAACAGUACUCAAGACCCCUCUGAAAGCAUUCCUUGUACGUUCCCAGAACAAUCAAAAGAGAAGCCAGGACCUAUUCCUGCACAAGAGACAGAAGAGGUUGUAAAUGAUAUAGAUAGUGCGGACAGCCCGCGUAAAGAUGAUGACAGUGACGUGCUCUCUAGCACAGUUGGAUUGUCAAGUAGUAGAAGUGAUGACGCUGCUGGGCCCCCAAAAUGGGUCCCAAGGCUUACAAGACUGACCUCCUCAACCUACAACCUAAGACAUGCUCAUUCUCUGGACUCCUUGGAUACUAUAAAAGUGACUUCCGAAAAGGAAGCAGCACAAGGAAACACAAUGCCAAAGGAAAAUGAAGCUUCAGAGAGUGGAGAUCCCUUAGACGAGGAUGAUGUGGACACAGUGGCGGACGACCAGCCAAAGUUCGUAGAGUGGUGUGCCGAGGAGGAGAACCAAGAGCUCAUCGCCAACUUCAAUGCCCAGUACAUGAAAGUUCAGAAGGGCUGGAUCCAGCUGGAGAAAGAAGCCCAGCCAACACCAAGAGCAAGGAACAAGUCAGAUAAGCUGAAGGAAAUUUGGAAAAGCAAGAAAAGGUCACGGAAGUGUCGGGGUUCCCUGGAGGUUCAAAAGUUUUCUCCUGUUCAGAUGCUGUUUAUGACAAACUUUAAAUUAUCUAACGUUUGCAAGUGGUUCUUAGAGACAACUGAAACCCGGUCUCUGGUGAUUGUGAAGAAGCUCAAUACUCGUCUUCCAGGAGACAUCCCACCUGCCAAGCAUCCUCUUCAGAAGUACUCUCCUUCCAGCCUGUACCCCAGUUCACUGCAGGCUGAACGCUUGAAGAAACACUUGAAGAAAUUUCCCGGAGCUACUCCUGCUAGGAACAAUUGGAAAACACAGAAGCUCUGGGCUAAAUUUCGAGAGGAUCCUGACCAAGUGGAGCCAGAGGAUGACAGUGACGUUAGCCUCAGCCCCAAUCCUGAAGACAGCAUAGAGGAGGUCAAGGAAGGUCGAAAUAGCCAUCCUCCCACAAACUCGCCUACCCCUGCCAGUACCCGGAUCCUUAGAAAAUACUCCAACAUUCGAGGAAAGCUCAGAGCCCAGCAGCGUUUGAUCAAGAACGAGAAAGUGGAAAGCCCGUUUGGUCCGGCUGUGGAAAGUAAACAGAGUUGUAAGAGUGUGUGCAUCAACCCUCUGAUGUCCCCCAAACUUGCCCUGCAAGUAGGUGCAGAUGGGUUUCCUGUUAAGCCCAAGAGUACCGAUGGAAUGAAGGGCAGGAAAGGGAAGCAGACGUCUGAAAUCUCGCCGAAAGCAGAAGUUCAGAAUAAACGCAGGAGGACAGAAGGCGGCAGCACUCAGGACAGGAAGGACAAGGGAGCUGCGAUGAAGGCCAGCAAAGAAAAGCACGUUGAUGGAUCCACCAGAACCCCCGCUGCCAAGAAGCCAGCUGCAAGGGACAGAGCCAGCCAACUGCCCAAAAAGACGACUUUGAAAGAGAAGAAAGGGAAGAUCCCUAAAAAGUCACCUGGGAAGAGCUGCCCUCCCUCCAGGAAAGAAAAAGAGAACACAAACAAAAGACCUACCCAGCCCUCCCCCUCGGAGAUGGUGACAAAACCUGCAAAGCAAAAAGGGGCAGGUGAGUCCUCUUCAAGGCCACAGAAAGCCACAAAUAGGAAGCAGAGCAGUGGAAAGACUCGGGCCAGACCCUCGACGAAAACCCCAGAGAACAGUGCAGCCCAGAGAAAGCGAAAGCUGAAGGCAAAGCUGGACUCUUCCCACAGCAAACGGAGGCGGAUGGAUACAAAGUGAUUGGAAGGGCAGUAUUCACGAGUUAAAACUGUUCUAUAGAAGUAACCCUUUAUUUUGCAUUAACUAAAUCUGCUUUUAUAAGCUUAUCAAGCCUUUCAAGUCUGCAGUUAAUGGAGAACACCACAAUUUAAGAUGUCAGAAAUUGCGUCUCAGAUGGAGAAGGGAACUUGCAGAGUCUUUCUCUGAGGCUGAGUAAGGGAAGUUAUAUAUUAUAUUCUGGUUGUUCCUUGGGUUUUAAACUUGGAACCAAGCAGUUUUAGUUUUUAAAAGUACAGUGCCUUAUUUAUCCUUUUUGUUUUUAAAUUUACAAAAGCUAAAAAGCUGAUCUAUGUGAUUAAAGGCUUGUAUUUUAUACUUGAUGCACAAGCACUUGUACUGUAGCCGAGAAGACCACCAUCAUGCACAUAAAAGUAGCUUUUCAGCAGCCACCCUGCGGUAUCUGUACAUGAACAGAUGCUCCUCUUUGCAAACCCCAGCA